AGCGCUGGAUCCAAGCCUGGAGGGGACAUGGAGAGACUGGAAGGCCACUCACAGUAAAGAAUACAUCAAGCAGGAGGAAGAAGCCUUCCGAAGAGCUGUGUGGGAGGAGAAUCUGCGGAUGAUCCAAGACCAUAACACCCAGGCGGACCUGGGGAAACACACCUACUGGCUCGGCAUGAACCACUUUGGCGAUUUGACCAAUGAAGAGCUGAACAAGAGGCUGCAUUGCCUGCUUCCUGACUCAGAUAACGUAACUAGAGACAACAUGAUCAUGUUCAAAUCCUCAGAAAAUCUGCAGAUUCCUGACAGCAUGGACUGGAGAACCAAAGGUGGUGUUACCAAGGUCAAAGAUCAGGUGGGUCCUGGUGGGUGGUUCUGGGCAAGCAUGGAUUGA